AAUAUUAUAACCACCGGCUUGUAAAGAAGCGCAAAGCUGCAUGCAACAGCAAAUAUAUAUCUGCUGGUUGGCUUGGGGUUUAGAUAUAUGGAAUGACAUGAAGAAGAUGAAGCAUGACAUCUUGUUCACGAUCUUGGUUUUCUGCUUGAUCUGCAGAGCAUUUCUCAAAGUUGAAGCACGAGCAUCAUGUUCGCCUCUUCCAGAUACUGAAGUGGAAGUACUGAAAGAUAUUGGCAACGAAUUAGGAAAAAAAGACUGGAACUUUGAAGAAAACCCGUGUAGCAAUAAGUCAAGUUGGGCCACCAUCUCCACGAACAAUGUCACCUGCAGCUGCUCCCCUGAUAAAACGUACCAUGUUAUCCGCAUAAAGCUUCAAGAGCAAGAUUUACCUGGUAUACUUCCACCAUCCAUUGCGAAGUUACCCUACCUGACAACACUUGAUUUGAAUAGGAACUACCUCAGUGGUGAGAUACCGCGUCAAUGGGCUUCUACAAAGCUGAAACAUCUGUCUGUUUCAGUGAACAAUUUACCAGCCGGAUCAAUUCCUAGCUACUUGGGAAACAUUACAACUCUAAAGUAUCUGAGCCUAGAGACUAAUCGGUUUUCUGGAACUGUCCCACCUGAGCUUGGUAAUUUGGUCAACUUGGAGACACUUGUUCUUAGCGCCAACAAUCUCACAGGAGAGUUACCAAUGGCUCUUGCUAAUCUGACUAAAUUGACUGUACUAAGGAUAGGCAGUAACUACUUUUCAGGACCAAUACCUCCUCAGUUUUUUCAAAGUUGGAAUCAACUAGAGAAAUUAGAGAUCCAAGCUAGUGGUUUAGAAGGGCCCAUUCCGUCAACAAUUUCUAUAUUGAAUAAAUUAACAGAACUAAGGAUCAGUGACUUAACUGGAAGGGGUUCACUAUUUCCAAACUUAAGUGAUAUGAUAAGCAUGCAAAGACUAAUGCUGAGGAGCUGUAAUUUAUAUGGACCUAUUCCUGAUCUAUCCGCAAUGACAUCAUUGAAUGUCUUAGAUCUCAGCUUCAACAAAUUGGAAGGAAGCGUUCCUGAUUUUGAAAAACAUAAACUCAUUGAUGACACCAAAUUGCAGUACUUGUACUUGACAAGCAACUUGCUCAAUGGCUCUAUUCCAGAUUGGAUCAAGAACAGUGAACAUCGCUACCAGAUGGAUGUUUCGUACAAUAACUUUUCACAGAGCUCUGAGCCAACUACGUGUACUGACGACAUGAACGUGUUCAAAAGCUCUUCUGUGCCAAACAACUUUUUAUCUGGAGGAUGCCUGGACAAAUUUCCAUGUACUUCUGUUCAGUACUCAUUGUAUAUAAAUUGUGGUGGUAAAGCAACCACCAUUGGGGACAUCAAAUUUGAAGAUGAUACAACUAUAGGAGGUGGAGCAAACUUUAUUCCUCAGAGAUCAAAGUGGGGAGUCAGUAGCAGUGGAUUUUUCUGGGAUAAAAGUCCAAAACUUAACGAUUACAUAGCAAAUAAUGUAUCAACACUUGAAAUGGAAAGCUCUCAGUUGUACACAAAUGCACGCCUCACUCCUCUUUCUCUCACAUAUUAUGCAAACUGCUUAGCAAAAGGAAACUAUACCGUGAAACUUCACUUUGCGGAGAUAAUAAUCAGAAGCAAUGCAUCUUUUUACAGUCUUGGAAGAAGAAUAUUUGAUGUUUAUAUUCAGGAGCAACUGGUUCUCAGGGAUUUUGACAUUGCAAAGGAAGCACAAGGGACUGAUAAGGAAGUCAUUAAGGAAUUUAAAGCAGUCGUUAAGGAGAAAACAUUAGAGAUCAGAUUUCAUUGGUCAGGAAAAGGGACAACAAGGUCCCCACGGAGAGGAACAUAUGGACCUCUUAUAUCAGCCAUCUCUAUAAAUUCUGACUUCAGGCCUCCUCUUGAUAAAAAAACAAAGGCACUUAUUGUGGUUGGAGCUUCACUGUUAUGCCUCACUUUAUUGAUUUUAGGCAUUAUUUGGUGGAAAGGCUGCCCUAAUAGCAAGACAUCCAGGGAAAGAGUUCUGAGAGGACUAGACCUGCAAACUGGCUAUUUCACUUUCAGGCAUAUUAAAGCUGCCACUAACAACUUUGAUGCAACCAACAAAAUUGGAGAGGGUGGUUUUGGGUCUGUCUACAAGGGUAUAUUAUUAGACGGUACUAUAAUUGCAGUUAAGCAACUAUCUUCAAAAUCAAAGCAGGGAAACCGUGAAUUCGUGAAUGAAAUAGGCAUGAUCUCUUGUUUGCAGCACCCAAAUCUGGUUAGAUUGUACGGAUGUUGUAUUGAAAGAAACCAACUACUGUUGGUAUAUGAGUACAUGGAAAACAAUAGCCUUGCUCACGCUUUGAUAGGUCCAGAGGACGCUCCCCUCAAAUUGGACUGGCCUACAAGGCAGAGAAUAUGCCUAGGCAUAGCAAAAGGUCUGACUUAUUUGCAUGAGGACUCGGCAGUGAAGGUUGUACAUAGAGACAUCAAAACUACGAAUGUGUUGCUGGACCAAGACCUCAAUGCUAAGAUCUCAGACUUUGGUUUGGCCAAGCUUGAUGAAGAAGAGAACACUCACAUUAGUACCAGGAUUGCUGGAACUAUUGGAUAUAUGGCGCCAGAAUAUGCACUCUGGGGUUGUUUGACCUAUAAAGCAGAUGUCUACAGUUUUGGAGUUGUUGCAUUAGAAACUGUAUCAGGAAAGAUCAACAUGAAGUAUCGACCCAGUGAGCACAUUCAGUGUCUAACGGAUUGGGCCUUUGUUUUGCAACAAAAAGGGAAUCUACUGGAGCUGGUGGAUCCGAGGUUGGGGUCCGAUUUCAGCAAGAAAGAGGCCAUUACGAUGAUCAAAGUAGCUCUGCUAUGCGCAAAUCCAACAGCAGCACUUCGGCCAACAAUGUCUGCAGUUGUAAGUAUGCUUGAAGGGCGGACUGCUGUGGAUGAAGUUGUUCUGGAUCCAAGUAACUAUGUUACUGAUGAAAUGACGAAAUUAAGAGCCUUAAGGGACCAGUUUGAUCACAAUGCACAAGGGAGCUCCCCAAUCCCAAGCGGAUCUCAGAGCCUCAUUCGUUCAUCAUCAGAUGCACCAUGGACUGGUUCUUCGAGUGCCACUGCGUCUUCAGAUCUCUGCAAGUGUAAAUUUAGUUCAUAGUAUUGCGAACUUAAUUGGUGU